AUGUCUCAGCAUGCAUUUGUGAGCAUGGCCAUUGCACCCUUUCGACUGGUCUGUCACCAUCUCAGGUUGUCUGGCUCCGGCUUUUGCAACGUCAACGAAGACAGUGGCAUGCCCAGAUACAUUUCUCAAGGUCUCCGCCUUGCUACCUGGUUCGAUUCAUUGGUUCUGAGCGUAGCGGCGCAGGCCGUACUGCUCGGUUUGACGCUGCUGGGUUUUGCGCUUGUUUUGGCGCUCGAGUCUCUCUUCACUGUUCCCUUUAUCUUUUUACAAGUGUUUGUCACUGCUGUUGCGGCAUAUUUCUACAUGAGGACCCCAGCCACCAAGAGAAUGCGCAUCAGUAAGGCACCAUCGUCCAGACUUACAUUUGCACUUGCUAUCCUUGUCUUGUCUUUGACAAGCGCUGAGGCACUUUGCAGCAAGGGAGGCUCGGACAUUCUUGGUGCUUGCGGUGAGACCAUUUUGGGCACGGUGGGCAGCGAAGAAGUUACAUUGGCAGAUGUCGCGGAGCAAGGUGGCUGCCAAGAGGAGAUUGGCUCGUUUGCCUGGUUCUAUUGUACCGAGAAGGCAUUGCAAGACAUCCCCUUGGAUCUCAAUCCCAUCAGCACCUGUUUGGGGGGGCUCUGGAGUGUGGGCCAUACCACUCCCAAGAUGAGAGGCCUGAGUGGCGCUGUGGGAGAAUCUUGCAGCAGUCACAGCGAUUGCUGUGGUUACUGCAAAUCAUCUGGCCAAUGCGCCAACAAAAAAGAAGAUGAAAGCCUCUGUAAUGAUGGCGAGGAGUGCACCAGCUGUUACUGCCUUUCGGCCGUACCCAUCAAUGGGUUCCGAGGCAUAUGCGGCAGUGGUGGCGGCCAAUGUGGAUUUGGUGGGAGCGGCGGUCCCGGCACGGGUCCCACACCCACACCAUGCGGCGGUGGUUGUAGUUCGCUUGGAGGUUGCUCUUCCGGGUGCCGUUGCUCGAUUACAGCCGGACAAGUAACAGGAAUCUGUGUCUAG